GCGGUAAUUUUGAAGAAGUGAAAACAACACAGGGAAAACUGUACCGUUGUAAUCUUCGAUAACUUAUUCAUAUAAGACGCGAUUUCAUUCUAAGACAUGCUGUCGUGAAAUUUGGAUGUUUGAAAUAUUUUUUGAACUAUGGUUGUUCAAAAUACUGAUCCGAAUAUCCAGGAAUUCCUUGAUUCUGCCUCGGCUGUACAGAAAGAAUUGGAGACAGCUUGUAAAGUCCCAGGGUCUUCUGUGAACUUUGAAGUCUUUCAAAAGCUUCUGUUACGAAGUGGCAACUUUUUAAGCCACUUCAAAGAUGACAAGGGAGAGGAUAUCGGCUUUACGCUGUCCGCCUGGUAUGACUUGGCUACUAAGGCGCUGCUCACUCUGUUCCAAUGCCGUGCAGACUUGGACUCAGGCCCUCUGAAGAUGCGCCUGUUGCUUUCUUAUCUCAAUCAUAUCAGCUACCAUCUGAUUAAUAUCAAAGAUGUCCCACUUGAGUGGCACAGAUACUUUGGCAUGGUUGCUCUUGAGUUCCUGUCCGAGUAUUCUAUGGACCCAACCUACAGCGCAGAUUUCCUGACCAGUUUGGCUGAAAAGUUUAACGCCUUCCUCUGCACCGUAGGCAAAAGAGUCCAGACAGCCCCGCCUUCAGGAAAGACUGGAGAACGUCUUGGCCAGUACUAUCAGUUGUACCUUCUGGGGGCAGCCUUUCAGAGCCUGAUUCCGGGAACUAAUGAUCCAAAUCAAAAUGGCAAGCCCGACUCUUUUUACUUCCUGAGAAAUUAUCUCCAGGCUCUGGAUGCGGUCUCUAACAGAAAAAACAGCCCUGGGGGCGGCCCCUCCACCGCCAAGACCUCCUGUUCUGUGUGGGAGUCGGAGAAGGAGUUUGCACCUUGGCUGUUGCGGUUUGCGGUGUCUGGCGUCACUCUCAGUACACCACAGGCAUCGGAGGAUGAUUAUCUACUUUUCUGUGUUUAUCUGUUUCAGUUGUGUUACCGUACUUCUCCGAAACAGUUUGAAGAGCUUCUACAAUCCGAAUGUAACCUUUUCAUCUUUGAUGUUGCUUCGGAAUCAUUUGGUUUUCCUGACGAUGGUACGAGAAGACGAAGGAAAUCCAAUCUGAACAGGCAGUUUUGCAAACUGAAAGAAUUCAGCGGCUUUGGCACAGUUAUGCAGGCUGUGAAGAUCUGGAGGAAAGUUUCAACCUACGGUCCUUUUCCACUUCCUCCUGGAGUGAAGACAGACAAAGCAUCUGGCUUCUGGGCCACAAGUGCAGAGGUUAUGGCGGACCUGAAGAUGAUGGAAGAAUUGAUCAGAAACCAGAGUUCAGGUGGAUGUGCUCCUCCUUUGUCUGUUGGCAGGGCUAUGAGUGCAUUGUUGCUGUCCCUUCCCUCUCCAAAGGUUCAGGAUUGUGAGCGAGCUCUCCACCUGAGCUGGUUUGGCUUAACCUCGGUGGCAGUUGAGCUUCUGUGUAGAGAUGUACUCACCCUCUUCUCAAUGAAAACAGAACAUCCGUCUUUACGGCAGCGAACCUACUCCCUGGCCAUGGUCAACAAAAUUAGAGUACCGAUGCUUUCUGCUGUGUUGGGGGAUUCUAAAAUGAGUACAUCUGAUCUUCAGUUGGUCGCUGAGUAUCUCAAGCUGGUCUUGUCAGCUCAGUGUUCGAUGGUGCGACACUGCAGGGAUUCUAGUCAAGCAAAGUCGUGUCCCGCCUUGUACUCAGUUGUUACGAAAACUCUGGAAGCCACAGCACAAAUGCUCGGGUUUGUGGGUAAAAGUCUUUGCCGCUCCCACCGCUAUGAGGAAGUGACAACUCUUUUGUGUCCCCUGUGGCCUGUGGUGGAUGUAGCAGAAAUGUUGCCAUCGGUGAGCCAUCACGAAGUAUUGGCAGAAAGCUACCGAAAGAUGAAACAGUUUAAGCAGAUGGCGUGGGUGAUUUCUGAAGCCGCCCGGAUUGACACCAGUCUCCUCUCAAUUCCUGUGAUGCGGACACUGUCCAAGGCUGCCUAUGAAACCCGUACCUUCUACAUCCUGGAUAUCUUUGAACCCUUAAAGGCAAACUGCAGCCUGCACUUUGAAUUUGUAAACAAGAUACUCAUGUGGAUUCUGGUGGGAUCAGACAGCCUAGCAAGCCACCAUCAUCUAAUGGCCCUACUACCUUGUUUGAAAACCCAUUCUGGCGCAAGUAAACUUGACCAAGGGCUGACCAUGGUGACGUUUGCAGAAGUCCUGUGGAAUGACACAACGCUUAACAGCAGCAACCUACCCGUACACAUUCUGAACACCAUCGGGACGGCUAUCGGCAUUCUGGAACUGGAAGAUGUGUCUCACGAGUGGGAUGACCGACUGGCACAAGCUUUCAGUCUCUUCUGGGCCAUAAUAAAACACCACCACAGCAUACUGCAGCUGACCGACGACUCAGAGGGCGAUUUUGGAAAACGGAAUGACCUCUUUGCGAAAAAGUCAAUAUCAGCUGUGGCUGUUGAACAGAGAGCGGUGAUAAGCCCUAAUGAGCUGAUAACAAGUGCUUUGGUAGGUGAAGAGGGCCACCCAGACCCUGAGACACCUCUGGCUGAAGUGGCUGCACCCCAGAGGAAGGCUCCAGUCGACUCCUCGUCCAAAAUAACACCAGUGAAACCUGGAAAAUUUUCUUCAUUGUUCAACCUCAAUCGCAGACAAAAGGAAGACUGCAUGAUACCCAUGGAGGUCGAUGAAGACCACAUCUUGUCGUAUCAGUACAGGAGCCUGUUAUUAUGGACUGAAUGGUUUGGUCGUAACGGAGAUGUAGCAAUAAAGGGGAAAGAAUUCCUGUGUCAACUGCGAGCUGCUCGAAGCAUUCUGUUUUUGCAAAGGGUGGCCAACCUCUUUUUGCUUCAUCACAGGAACUUGUGGGCCAUCCAAGCCCUGAGUCAGCUGGUCUUGGUGGCCGAGCUGAGACAAGACACUGCAGCUGCUGAGGAGGCCAGGUUAAGCCUUUUGACGCUGGCUGCGGAGGAGGGCCUAGAGUUGGUCUGCCAGAAAGACAUGAGUAGCUUGGCUCCCAGCGGCUCCUCACAUGUCAAACACCAGGCGCGGGCUGCUCAAUAUUAUCUCAGAUCUGGACAGCUGAGAGAGUUUGUCAAGGUGACCAACACAGCAUUGAAGACGAUCGCCACCCUCAGAGAGGGUGGCCCCCUUACCCCAGCCGUUACCUCCGCCUUGUCUCUCAUCUUGAGGCUGAGGGCAGACUAUCUGUGUCAUCCUGAGAUUGUCAGGCAGGAUUCUCUUGCGGAGGAGGAAAGCGACAAUGCCUUGGGCAACUGUCCACUCCAAGAUAUUGGAGAAUCUCUGAAGUACCUAUGCAGUCUGGCAGCAUAUUACGGUGGCCUUGAUAGUAGAAGUGUCACAUCUUUCAAAGUUGCAGAUGGCAUGACCGGAGAGCUGUGGGGCUUGUUACCGGACUACCUAGCAACUCUACGAGUGGCGGGUGACCUGUACCUGCGGGUGGGUUUAUACAAGUACGCUCGCAGCCAGUACAAGGAGGGACUGGUACUUUCUCAGUUAUGUACUCUGUCCACCUGGACCAUGGUGUUUGCAGCUAAGAUGUCUGAGGUGUCACUGCUCAUUUGGGAUGUGACUCGAUCAGCAGCAGACUUUCUACUGCAUUCAUCUUUUGCUGUGGGGGACCAAAAUUCAAAACUUGAAACAUUCAAGGUUGGAGACAUCACAGUAAACGACAGACUCGUUCCGUUGAGACAUCUGGCAGUGUCCUGUACAAGCAAAACAAAGCAUGUCUGCGACAAGUCCUUUGUCAAGGCAUCUGAAGACCUUGAAACUGUGAGAACAAAUUUGCUUCGCGGUUUGGAUGUAUACGGCUUUGUUUCCUUGUUAAAAAAUUCAGUUGCAGUUGUGUCCACCUGUGCAUCUUCUCCAUUUAGAACGGCACCAUCGAAUCCGCCCGUCCAUGCCUUUUGCCAUUCUUCAGUAUGCUGCAAGUGUAUCAAUCCGGAGACUGUGAGAGCAACAGCAGAUGCCUUGUGCUCACAGGGAGAGAUCAUGAGACGUAACUGUGUGGAUCAGCGAGCGACCCUGGAAUCCUUUUAUGCCGCUAUGUGCACAGCUUGCCAGCUGAAAACUCAUCAGAGAAAAGAAGUACAAGGGGAAGUUGUCAAGACCGGUAUCCAAUUGAAGCACUGCUCACAGCUGAAGAAGCUAACAUUGUCUCCCACAGGCCGGCUAGCAGAGUAUUGUCUCCACUGCUUAAUUAUCCGCUCUCCUGUUAUGUGCAAACGUGAUUUGAAGAAACUGCUGGACACUAUUGUGGUAGAUUGCGGGAACGCUACGCAUUUGGAAUACGGCAGUGUCACCUUUGCUUAUGCACAAAUGCUGGCCGUGGCCAUGAAGUACGUGGAAGAAGGCCAAAAAUGGUCUGAGGAAUUUAUACCACAGUGGAUUGCAGAGGAAGAGUUUGUCAUUUUCAAAAAUCUUAUAUUGGAACUUAAAAGCUGGAAAUUUCACUGGGAUCUGGAGAGGAAAAUGAAACUUACGUUUGCUGAUAACGAAGAGGAGAGAAUAGCAGAUACUCAUCCUUCUACUCCAAGGAAAAAGUCUGCAGACUCUUCUGGGGGGAUAGGAAGAUGCGUUGUUGGAAAGAAAGGGAGACCAGCAGUGAGGAAAAAAAUCUCUAGCUCUGUAAGGAAAAUGGUCUCUAAGAAGCAAGUGCCGGAGAGUGAUGGAAAUAAGAUUUCAGAAGAUGAACCUGAAGGAGGCAACGGUUCAAGAGCUGAGAGCUGUAAUCUACUCUCUUCAGUUUACGAUGCAGACAACAUCGGUAGAGAUUCUCCCGUUAUGGAAAAGAAAAGACGACUUGGACUUGAAAAUGCACGUCAAGUUCCUCUUAAGACCACUCCAAUCAGCAGAAAGACAAAAUGUGGUAGCCGGAAGAAAGAAAAUUUGGGUAAAAGCAGUCCAACUGUAGAAAAUGGCGUCAGCUUGUCUCCUUUGUCACAGCAGCUAGAUGAGAAUCAGUUUGCCACUGAUCUUAGCUCAGAUCAAGUCCCCAUCGUCAGACCUCAGCGCAGGAGGGGAAGACCCAAAGCCAAUUCUACAGAGGGCAGCAAAGCUUCAGGCACUUCUGCCAUGUCAGUGCUGAAGCAGCAUAAAGAGCUGAUGCAAAGACUGAAGAAUGAUGCAGGUUCUGGUGAGGAAGAAGGGAGUGUAAAAACAAAAACUUCUGAGAGAAAAGCAAAACCGGGGGCAAGUAAAAGAACCAGCUCCCGUAGGUGUGGAAAAGUGUCAGAAUUGCCUGUCUCUGAGCCUCAGGAGGUCAACUUGAGUAGUGAUGUGAAGGUGAUUAAGAAAUCAGAUACAGGGGAAGGGGAGGAAAACAUCAUCCCUGGAACGCCUGAACCUAAAAGUCCAGCGGUGAAGAGAGGGAGACGGAAAGGUGUAGUUAAAGAAAAAGACGAGACAGGUUCUGCUGCUGCUCCAGUUGUGAAGUUAAGUGUGAGAGCACGGGGAAGGCCGAGAAAAGCAGCAAAGGCGAGCGAGUCACCAGAGACAAACAGGGAAAGAGGAGAGGAAGAAAAGAGCUUUGAUGAAUGUCUAGUAGACGAUUCUAUGGACAAUUUAGAAGCCAGUGUUUGUCAGGAUAGUUUCAUUGAAGAAAAAAGUACUGAGUUUGAUUUUGAAUAUCUGACAAGUGUUGAUAACCCGGAAGAAACUGAGUCUUCUUGCGUACAGAGUGACAGCUUUCUAACUGUCCACAUGGCAAAUAGCUCUAGUGUUAUUUCUAGGGAGUUGCCUGUACCACUGGAAGAGGAUUUCAAAGGUCUAUCUCCAGAGAUUCUAAGAGGAAGACCCCAGAGGAGAAAGCUGAUCACUAAUGCAGUGGAUGGGAAGAAAAGAGAGGAUAAUGAUGGAGAAUCAAGAGAGAUUAGCAGAGGCAGGGUCAAUCCACCUAAAGACGAGUCCAAUCAGAGGCCUGGGCACAGUGGUGAGAGUGCAAAAUCUGAAGCCAGUAAGCCAGAGAGUGGUGAAGAUAAAGAAGAGGCAGAGAAAGAAAGCAUGUCUGGCACCAAUAACAAGAAUCUUGCCAGUAAGUCGAAGCUGUCAGUUAGAAAACCAGGAGAUGGUAACCUUAAGAAGGCAGACGGGACAGAGAAGGAUCCCACAGAGAGCAAAAUGGAUGAGCAGACCGGUGCUGAAGGUAGAAAGGAGAAAGCCGACAGAAGAAAAAAGAUGAAUAGCACCACUCGUGUGGACCUUUCACCCGAGAGAAAUCCCGUAGGCGGUCUCUCCGAGCAGUUAAACGAAAUGAAAAUAGAGACAGACAAAAGAGACCACAAUGGCGAGAGGUCAAGCAGUCGUGCACACCACACCCUCAGAAAUGAGUGUCCUGAAGAGAGUGGGUCUGUCAUAAGUCUGACUCUUGGUGAAUUUCUCCUCAAAAAUCCAAAUUUUUGUGAGGAAUGUGUAAAGGCUUAUGAUGAGGUAACAAUUGCCGUUUUCAAUGUUCAACUGUCGGAACUGGGGAUUAACAAGUUCCAGGAAAUGGAAGACGAGGAAUCAUUGCCUAUGAGGUUCAGCUCUCUCCACUUGGCAGGGAAUGAUGAUGACAGGUUUGAGACACUGCAAAAAGCUUUCGAUCAACUGAAGCAUCUCCCUCCGUGCUACUUGUAUACUCAGAUAUGCCAGGGAAUGGCUAUGUGUCUGUGGGAGAAUGACCUCCAUAGGUGGAGCAAUGCUGAGCCGAUGGACACAUGUAUUGAUGCCAGUAGGUCAUCACAAAAACAAGUAGCCAUAGCUGCUUAUCUCACUGAGUCCCUCGCCAUCUCCUACAGGCACCAAAUGAACAGGAAUCUGCGGUCUAAGCUCAAGAAAAUGAGUGCGACUCCAGCAGCCCCCAGUCAGCCUGGCGGUGUCCCACAGAGCAACAGCGACUGGGACAACCUGGGCUCAGACUUGGCCGCUGAAGCAGAGAGGAUGAGUCGUGCAGUAAAUGCCCUCAAGUUUUCCGGCGAUCCAGAACAUGAACUGAUGGACCGGCUCAAAGCCCUCCCUGCCGACUGGACCGUUGUUCAGAUCAGUCAGGUGAACUUUGACCCCUUCGAACCUGACUGGGGCCAAGUCCUGGUGACUAGAAUGACCUCUGACCUUCAGCCAGUCACAGUUGGUGUCCCUAUGUUGAGGAUGAAGUACUUACGGUCUUGUCUGAACAUGCUUAAGGAAGUCUUGAAGGGUAUAGCGGACCCUGAAACCGCAUCGUGUGCCUUGUGGGACAAGAGACGUAAGUUGAAUGACUACAUGAUCGCCAUGGUGCCAGUCCUCGAGGAGAAGUUUAUGGAAGGUCAUAAGUGGUUGCUGCAAGGCCAACCCCUGUGGAUAAGACAGUCAGAAGCUGAGGGAGAGCUGGACGAGGCAGCUGAGAUUGCCGUGAAAGCCGUGAAGGAGCUGCACAAGGUUACUGUGGAGUUCGGCACUGUUAGGGCUUUGCUGCCCGUCCUGAUGAAGGCCAACUCUUCGGAUAUUGCCUCUCUCCUGCUAUGCCUGUGGCCUCCACCUGUGACCCAGACUCUGAUCUACCAUGUGCUGGCCUUGCAAAAAAAUAUGCAGCCCUUCAUGAUGAGAUGUCAGUCAGAGAUGGGUGACCUUCCUUCAGGUCCUGUCGUGCUGGUCUUGGACAAGUAUCUGAGCAAGUUGCCGUGGGAGAGCACCCUGGGCCUGGCCCCCUGUGUGGUGACCCGCAUGCCCUCACUGUGCACACUUCAGGCCUUGCUGUGCCUCCACAAGGACAAGGCCGAGUCUGCGUACAUGACGGGUGUGGACCGGGACAGCACGGUUGCCGUGGUGGACCCAGAGACCAACCUGCCCAACACAAUGAACACUCUGGUGCCGGAGUUUGCGCAGUAUCCUGGCUGGAAGUGCGUGAGCCAGAUCCAACCUACCGUGGAAAACUUAAAAUCCUUCCUGAUGGACCAGGCUCUGUACAUUUACGCGGGUCAUGGCUGGGGUAAACAGUUUGUGGGCGGUGAUGACCUCCAGAUGUUCCGUUCACGUGCUGUGGCUGUCUUGAUGGGCUGUCAGAGCGCUUAUCUCCGAGUGGAGCCUAAGAUGGAGGGGGAUGGUGCUCCUCUCUACUUCCUCAUGGCUGGAUGUCCUGCUGUGGUUGGAAAUUUGUGGAUUGUGACAGACAAGGAUGCUGACAAAGUGACCUGCGCCAUGGUCUCUCACUGGAUGUCUCAAAAAGAAGCCGUCCCUCUGUCCUCCCUGCUGACUGCCGCCCGUCCUGUCUGCAAGCUGUCCGGGCUGAACGGCUACCCCCUGGUUACCUACGGCCUGCCUGUCAUGAUGAACGGACCAAAGAGGACCUCUUCUUAGCAAUAUAUUUUUUUAUUUGAUUUGUUUCAUAUGUGGCUUAUUUAGAAUUUGUACUUGGACAAAGGGGGUGGAUUAUGACGUCAUGUGGUAUUUGUAAAUUAAAAUUGAAAUUUUCUGAAUCCUGAUGAAUAUUCUGUUUCUUGUUUGGAAGUUGAGAAUUUUUCAUUUUCUAGAGUUGUGCCAGCUCAUGGUGAUUUUAUUGGACUGUCCGAGUCUGUGAGGCUUUUGCCAACUUGCUGUCCAAUUCAUUUCUGAGUGAGAGUUGAACUAAAGUUUUUUAACAAGGUAAUCAUUGUGAUCUUUGACUGAAACCGAGAAUAAAAAUGAGUCGCUCUUCCAGGACCUCAAUGACUGGCCAUAGUCAUGGUGAUGUGCCUUUCUUUACUCUAAAACUAGUGUUAUAUAAAUUCAACAAACACCCCCCCCCCCCCUCCCAACACUUUUCCAGUGUAGCUAAAUUCAACAAGGAGCCUGGAUUUCCGUGUGUGGCUAUUAUUUUAGAUUGUCUGACUGUCAAUGAAGAACAUUAUCAGCGCAAAGUCUCAGAUUACGAUCACCACAUUAGUUAGUCUCACUUUGGAAAUUGCCCGUCUCUAUAUUUGCAUAUGGUUUGUCAAGGACUUUAUAUUUGUUUGUUUGCUCAAAUGUUUGUAAUAUAUUGCAAUUAUGUUGAAUUUUCUUUUUCAUUUAUAUCUACUGUAUAUAUGUACACACCCACACACACAUACUGUCGAACUUGUCUAAGACAGCUACCCAUUGUGAAGGAGAAGAGUGGGCAUCUUAGACAGGUGGUUGUUUUACACAGUGUCAAAAUGUUUUAAAAAGCAAGGAGGGAAUGAGAAGUGGCCAUUUGUACAGGUGAUAGUCUUAUACGGAUGGCGGCUAGAGCAGGUUCAACUGUAAAUAUGAUAGUCCAUAAUGAAUGAAAUUUUGAUUUCUGAUUUUUAUUUGCUUUUCAUCAGCCUCAUUGAAAAUAGAACAAAUCUCUCGUUUUGUUUCUCAAGUUCAUGCUCUGACCAGAACAUGGCAGGGCAGCCACUUGAUGAGAGCACAGAAAAUGUUUUUCUAUGCACUGGAUGUCUGUUUUUUUGGUGGUGCUAAUGACGCAUUCAAAGCUGUACAUUUCUCUUGAUUAAAUCUUUGUUUCUCUGUCUAGCCUAUUACUAUUUGUUGCGAGUGCAGUUUAAUUUUAUUUUUUUUGGAGUGUUUGGGUUUGUUUUGUUUUUUUUGCCUGUAUACAUCAAACACCCCCCCUCCACUUCCCAAAGAAACAGCACUUCUUGUUUUGCCUGUAAAGUUGUUUAGUUCUGUAUUCAAAAGGGCCCUGAAUGGACUCAGUGUCAUGUUGUGUGGCCUGCUUACCUCCUGGCUAUGUAAUUACUUUCUCAGCUGUUACUAGCAAGUUGUACAUUUUUGUAGAGAUAUAUAUAGAACUCCUCACACUGAAAUGCGACCCCUGAAUGAGUCAUGUAUACAUAAAGUCAAGCUCUAUGUUCCAAUAUGUGUUUGUGUCUGUAAAAAGUGAUAACGAGUGGGUAGUUGAAAGGCGUCAUUGUGGUAGGUCCUACUACUUUUCUUUCCCUAUUAUUUUAUUUCUGUCGGUCUGACUUUUUCCCUGCACUGAAUGACUAUUAUUGUGUCGAUGUGCUUCUCUUCACUUAACAAGUGAUAACAGGUGGUGCCACUGCCAGGUCCCACUUCUUUUCCUUCCUUUUGUUAUUUCUGUCUGUCUUUUUGUCUGCACCAAAUAACCAUUACUGUGUCGAUGAGCUUCUCUUUACCCAACAAGUGAUAGCUGGACCGGUACAGUGUUAACAAUUGUGUGGCGUGGUGAAAUCAGGCACUUGUCAAAAUAACGAAAUCUGAGAAAUCAGAAUUUUUCGGUCAGUUUGGACAUUAAAAAAAAUUUGUUUUUUGGCUCUGCGGCUCAACACCUGUUUUUUUUAAAUGUCCAUU